UCUGUUCUUCUAGAAGAGAACAGCUGUGGGAAAGCCUGUGUGCAAGUGUAUCACACUGUGUUGAGGAGCAUUUAACUACAGCGGGGAGUGUCUGGUCUCCCCUCCAGCCCUGAGGGCAGUUGUGGUCUGCGCCCUUUGUGUUCCGGAUGCAGAACAUCCUCGAUCAGAACUUAGACAUGGCCACAGCUCUACUCGCCGGCGAGAAGCUGAAGGAGCUCAUCUUGCCAGGCUCCUCUCAGGAUGACAAGGGCCUGGCACUGGCCAGCCUCAUGGUGCAGCUCAAACUGGAGCUGCCCUUUGAUCGUGUUGUUACUAUAGGGACGGUGAUCAUCCCCAUCCUGCUGGUCACCCUCGUCUUCACAAGGAACUUUGCAGAGGAGUCCAUAUACUGUUACACACCACACAACUUCACCAGAGACCAGGCACUGUAUGCAAGAGGCUACUGCUGGACAGAGCUGCGGGAUGCCAUUCCUGGUGUGGAGUCUCACCUUUGGCCUUCACUAUUUGAGCACAAGUUCCUCCCCUAUGCCCUGCUGGCCUUUGCUGGAAUCAUGUACAUUCCUGCUUUGGGCUGGGAGUUCCUUGCCUCUACACGGCUCACUUCAGAGCUCAAUUUCCUGCUUCAAGAGAUUGAUAACUGCUAUCAUCGAGCUGCUGAAGGCCGAGCCCCAAAGAUUGAGAAGCAGAUCCAAUCCAAAGGACCUGGCAUAACUGAGCGAGAGAGGAGGGAGAUCAUAGAGAACGCAGAGAAGGAGAAAAGUCCAGAGCAGAACCUGUUUGAGAAAUAUUUGGAGAGACGAGGCCAAAGUAACUUUCUGGCUAAGCUUUACCUGGCACGCCAUCUGGCAAUUAUCUGCCUCAGUUCUAUCCCCAUUUCCUAUCUGAGCGCUUACUAUGCCCGCCAAAGGCAGAAUGAGUUUACCUGUGCACUAGGUGAGCCCCCAGAUAUUAGCAGCUACUCAGAGCUGAAGCUCAGGGUCAACUGUAAGCUGCCUGCUGUGCAGCUUCAGCGCAUCAUGGCAGCAGUUGACAUUGCUUUGCUCUGCACCAUGAACCUGAUCAUCCUGCUUAAUUUGCUGCAUUUGUUUGUGGUGCGCAAGUCCAACUUUGUAUUUGACAAACUGCAUAAAGUUGGUAUUAAAACACGGCGACGCUGGCAGAAGUCUCAGUUCUGUGAUAUCAACAUCCUGGCCAUGUUCUGCAACGAGAACAGGGACCACAUCAAGUCGCUCAACCGACUGGACUUCAUCACCAAUGAGAGUGACCUCAUGUAUGACAAUGUGGUGAGGCAGUUGUUGGCUGCGCUUGCACAGUCCAACCAUGAUGCAACGCCCACUGUGAGGGACUCUGGAAUACAAACACUAGAUCCAAAUAUGGACCUGGGAGUGGGAGAGAUGGGUGGGGAGCCGCUGGUCAUCAAACGGCCCCGUAAGAAAAUUAAAUGGAUCCCAAGUUCAAAUCCUCUUCCCCAGCCAUUCAAGGAACCCCUAACCAUGACACGUCUGGAAAAUAACACCAAGCCUGAAAAACCCAAACCAGUCAGACGAAAGACAGUGGCAGACAACUUCAUUGCACCACUUCUGGAUAGCAAGAGCACACAAUAUCCUGCAACAAAAGAUUUCGUCAACGUUGUAUCCAGACGCAGCAGGCAGCUGUUUUCAGGGAAAAUAGCAGAUCUAAGUGGGAUGGAGAAAAAGCACACUCGCAACUUCUCUCUGGAUGUUCAUCCAUACAUGCUGACCAUUCGUAAGCCCAAGGUGGAAGCCACAACCAUAGAACCUCUACCGUCUGAGCACAAUAUGGAUACGGUGUAUAUUGAAGGCACGCACACUAUUGUCCAUGUGUCUGGUGCACUUACAGAAACUAAGGUUCUCUCUCCUGAAUCGACCAACACUGCCUUUUCUACAGUGACCCUGCCCACCAACACGUACGUAAACGGCGUGAGCCCAAACCCUCCCUCCAGCGAGGACACCCUCAGUCCCAAGUCCUCUCCUCCUCCAAGGGAGCCUCUCACCGAUACAGAAAACCCUGAGUCUCAGCCACCAGCGCUAACCAUUGCCCCUACACACCAGCUGCUGACUAUACAUCGCACUCUCUUCGAGGAAGAAGAGGAUGAAGAAAACCGUAGAGACAGACUGGCAGAGAGACCUGGGGAGCUCAUCGCUGCUGGGGAAUGUUGAAGAAGGAGAAAAAGAGGAACGCUGAGAUUCCUUUCCCCAACACUACACUCUGCGCACAUGACCACCAUGUCAAUCACCUCCUAUCAACAGCCACCUCUACUCUUUAAAUUAACUCACACACUUCUGUGAUGGCUGGAUUGGGCUGACUCAUGAGCAGAAAGUGGAAAGUGAGAAAAUGACAAGGAACUAGCAGUCAUAAAAGCAAAAUGACUUUUAGAUGGGAAAAUUGAUUCAGAGAGGAUAUGGCAAAUGCUUGUGUGUUUGAUCGUGUUGACCAGAGUAUUACUAUAGGAAAUGAUGUCACACUCAUGUCUCAGGAUGACUGUGCACAGCUAAACACCCUCCAAUGAAACCAGCAGUGAUAUAAUUCAACAGGGUGCUAUAUAACAGCUAUACUGAAAAGGCCUACUGAAGGGAUGAGUGGCAAUGAGAGAUGAGCAAGCUUUCUAAAAAAAAAAAGGGGGG